ACGUAUCCGCAGUGUUGUCGAAAAAAGUUCCUUACCUUUUGGAGCCAUUUUACGGCAUACACCUAGCAAACAAAAGAAUAACAAUGGAGAACGACAACGGAGUACUUGUUGACUUGUAUAUCCCGAGGAAAUGCUCGUCGAGCAAUCGUAUUAUUCAUGCCAAGGAUCAUGCAUCUAUUCAGCUGAGCUUAGCUGAUGUUGAUCCUGAAACUGGACGUAUGACUGACUCCCAAAAAAUGUAUGCAAUUUGUGGGGCUAUUCGGCGUAUGGGCGAAUCUGACGAUUGUUUAGUACGCCUUGCAAAAAAUGAUGGUAUUUUACCAAAAAAUUUCUAAUGUAAGAUAAUUUUACUGUUUCAAUAAAAUUAUAAAAACCUAAAUAAUGUGUAUCAUUAUACUAAUUAUUGUUGAUGUUCAAUUAUUUACGAAAGCAUUGUUGUAUAUACCGUUUAUUAUAUGCUUUGUACAGAUAGUUCCACAUAUGAAAUAAUGACUCUUUAUAUACAUAUAUUAUACAGAAAGAAAAAUCUGGAAUACUUCAUAGUUUGUUUAUGUAGGAUAAUACCUUUUCGUAAUUUUGUUUCAGAAAUUAUUGUUAUGCAACUUUCAGUUAUAUAAAAAUAAAAUUAUUUUUAAAAAUA